AGAACCACAGAGCCCCGGGUGCUCCCGAGGACCACUGCCGCUUCAUCCCACCGGCUCCCGCCGCUGCCCGGCCAUGGGGAGCUGCGCACGGCUGCUGCUGCUCUGGGGCUGCUCGGCGGUGGGCGCAGGACUGAGUGGAGUAGCCGGAGCUAAUUCCCGCUGUGAGAAGGCCUGCAACCCUCGCAUGGGAAACUUGGCUUUGGGAAGAAAACUCCGGACAGACAGCACCUGUGGUCAGAACGCCACUGAACUGUUCUGCUUCUACAGCGAGAAUGCUGAUCUCACUUGCCGGCAGCCCAAAUGUGACAAGUGUAACGCUGCCCACUCCCACCUGGCCCACCUGCCCUCUGCUAUGGCAGACUCGUCCUUCAGGUUUCCCCAUACGUGGUGGCAGUCUGCAGAGAAUGCGCACAGAGAAAAGAUCCAGUUAGACCUGGAAGCAGAAUUCUACUUUACUCACCUAAUUAUGGUGUUCAAGUCCCCCAGACCCUCAGCCAUGGUGCUGGACCGGUCCCAGGACUUUGGAAAGACUUGGAAGCCUUACAAGUACUUUGCAACCAACUGCUCAGCUACUUUUGGCCUGGAAGAUGAUGUUGUCAAGAAGGGAGCUAUUUGCACAUCUAGAUACUCAGAUGCUUUUCCAUGCACCGGAGGAGAGGUUAUUUUCAGAGCUCUGUCACCACCAUAUGACACAGAAAACCCUUACAGUGCCAAAGUUCAGGAGCAGCUGAAGAUCACCAACCUCCGUGUGCAGCUGCUCAAGAGACAGCCCUGCCCUUGUCAGGGAAAUGACUUGAAUGCAAAGCCUCAACACUUUACACACUAUGCAAUCUAUGACUUCAUUGUCAAGGGCAGCUGCUUCUGCAAUGGCCACGCUGAUCAGUGUGUACCAGUUGAUGGCUUCAGACCUGUCAAGGCCCCAGGAGCAUUCCAUGUGUUGCACGGGAAGUGUAUGUGCAAACACAACACAGUGGGCAGCCACUGUCAACACUGCGCUCCAUUGUACAAUGACCGGCCCUGGGAGGCAGCAGACGGCAGGACGGGGGCUCCUAACGAGUGCAGAACCUGCAAGUGCAAUGGGCAUGCCGACACCUGUCACUUCGACAUCAACGUGUGGGAGGCGUCAGGGAAUCGAAGCGGUGGUGUCUGCAACAACUGUCAGCACAACACUGAAGGACAGCACUGUCAGCGCUGUAAGCUGGGUUUCUACCGUGACCUCAGGAGACCCUUCUCUGCCCCAGAUGCUUGCAAAGCCUGCUCCUGCCAUCCAGUUGGAUCAGCUACCCUUCCUUUCAACUCAGUGACCGUCUGUGACCCUAGCAAUGGUGACUGCCCUUGCAAGCCUGGGGUGGCAGGGCCACACUGUGACAGGUGCAUGGUGGGAUACUGGGGCUUUGGAGAGUACGGCUGCAGACCUUGUGACUGUGCAGGGAGCUGUGACCCCCACACAGGAGACUGCAUCAGCAGUAGUGCUGAUGUAGAAUGGUACCAUGAACUCCCCGACUUUCCAUCUCCACACAAUAAGAGUGAGCCGACCUGGGAGUGGGGGGACGAACAGGGAUUCUCUGCACUCCGACACUCAGGUAAAUGUGAAUGUAAGGAACAAGUGUUAGGAAACCCCAAGGCAUUCUGUGGAAUGAAGUAUUCAUAUGUGUUAAAAAUCAAGAUUUUAUCAGCACAUGAUAAAGGCUCACAUGCCGAGGUCAAUGUGAAAAUAAAAAAAGUCUUACAGUCGACAAAACUGAAGAUCUUACGAGGCAAGAGAACACUGUAUCCAGAGUCCUGGACAAACAGAGGCUGCACUUGCCCAAUCCUCAAUCCAGGUCUGGAGUACCUUGUAGCUGGACAUGAGGAUGUAAGAACAGGCAAAUUGGUUGUGAAUAUGAAAAGUUUUGUCCAGCGCUGGAAACCAGCUCUUGGGAGAAGAGUCAUGCAUAUCUUAAAAAGAGAGUGCAAGUAGCAGUGGAGGUGUGAAGUAGCACUGGAGGUGUGAAGUAGCACUGGAGGUGUGAAUUAGCACUGGUGGUGUGAAGAAGCACUGGAGGUGUGGAGUAGCACUGGAGGUGUGGAGUAGCACUGGAGGUGUGAAGUAGCAGUGGAGGUGUGAAACAACACUAGAGGUGUGAAGCACACAAAGGCUCUUCUCUGGGUAGAUAUACAAGUGUAAUGAAAAAGAGACCUCAAAAUGAAACUGGAAUAUUUUUUUAAGUGCCAAAAAAGUAGAAAAAAAUGUUGCAAUGCAUAGGCCUUGUCUGACCUAUCUGUUCUGGAUCUGUGUUUAGAUACAGCUUUGUUUCAUAAAGAGAAGUGAAAAUCCCUGAGCUGAUAGCUGCUUCCCGUGGAACUGGUUCUGAAUGUCACAGCUAUGGAGAAUAUUUUAAUAGUAACAUGAUCUUUAGCACUCACCCAUUAAAGGCUGUAUCCCUGACAAGUUCUCCCCCAGCUUUAGAUAUGUCAUGUACAUUGUAUUUGAUGCUAUUUAAGGAAUUAAUGAGAUUUUAGGGACACCCCCCCCAAACUCUACCAUCAGGAAAGGCAUUUCUUAAAAAGAGCCUUGUCUUGUGUGCUGUGUGUAGAUGUCAGUGUGUGGGAUGCGAAAGGAACUCUUCUGUGUAUAUAUAGUAUUUCUUUGUGUAAAGCACUUUACCUACCACUGAUGUUGUGAAAGCUCUGAGACCGCUAUUGACAGGAAGAAAAGAGAAGGGCUGUGGGAAGACCUGCUGAAACACAAGCACUGCCACUGAGGAUGGACACAGGAACCAGGCUAAAGAAAACAAUGCUGGGAGAAAUGCUGUAAAGAUACAACCUAAAAGGAGAAUGUUUGUAUGAAAUCUCUGAGAGGUCCCAGGAUACUGGUCAUGAUGAAACUUAGACUUUAAGACAAGAGGAGGAAA